AUGUCAGAUUCCAACACAACCAGCUUCACCAACCCCUUCACCUUCAUCCUGCUGGACAUUCCUGGCCUGGGAGCAGCCCAUGUGUGGACCUCCACCCCCUUCUUCACCAUGUACGUCAUAGCCAUCUUGGGGAACUUCACCAUCCUGUUCAUCGUGAAGAUGGAGCAGAGCCUCCAUGGGCCCAUGUACUAUUUCCUCUGCCUGCUGGCCAUCACCGACCUGGUUGUGUAUAUGUCUACCCUGCCCAAAAUGCUGAGCAUCUUCUGGUUCAAUGCCAGAGAGAUCGAUUUCAGUGCCUGCCUCAUCCAGAUGUACUUUAGUCUCAUCUUCUCAGUACUGGAGUCUGGGAUCGUUGUGGCCAUGGCUUUUGAUCGCUAUGUGGCCAUCUGCCAUCCCCUGAGACAUUUCACCAUCCUGACAAAUUGUGUUGUGGCCAAGACCGACCUGGCCUUGGUUCUGUGCAGCGGCAUGCUCACACUGCUCUAUCCCUUCCUAGUGAGGCAGUGGCCAUAUUGCAGAACCAACAUCAUCCCCCAGCCAUACUGUGCACACAUAGCUGUGGUGAACUUGGCCUGAGCCGAUACCCGUGUCAGUAGUUACUACGGCCUCUUUGUGCUAGUGUGUGUGAUGGGUCUGGAUUGGAUUUUUAUUGCUCUGUCCUAUAUCCAGAUCCUCAGGGUCAUUUU